AUUUGACGUUUUGCUUUUACUUUGCCAGCGGAACAAUUUUGCUCGUUCUAUCUUGGUCUCAGUGUCCGUGAUAAGUUUAUCUGACUACAUACCUGUUAAGUCUAAAUAAGAGAAUGUCUGGCAAAGCGAACAAGGCUUUUACAAAGGAGGAGGAGUUGCUGCUACAGGAUUUCAGCAGAAACGUUUCAACUAAGUCUUCGGCACUUUUCUAUGGAAAUGCUUUCAUCGUUUCCUCUAUUCCCAUAUGGUUGUUCUGGCGGGUGCAUGCCUUGGAGAUGAGCUCGUCCCUAGCGUGGUUUGCGCUCGUGACGACAGUUAGCACCUGGUUGUUGGCUCUCGCGUACCGCAACACCAAGUUCCAGCUGAAGCACCGCGUCGCAGUGAGGAGAGAGGACGCCGUAGCGCGCGAGAUGUCCAGGAAACUCGCCGACGACAAGAAGAUGAGCAGGAAAGAGAAAGACGAAAGGAUUUUGUGGAAGAAGAAUGAAGUGGCUGACUACGAGGCCACCACAUACUCCAUCUUCUACAACAACGCUCUGUUCCUGACGAUCGUGAUCCUUAGCAGCUUCUACCUUCUGCGCUCAUUCACACCCACUGUAAACUACAUUAUCUCCCUGACGGCUGCCUCGGGACUCCUGGCGCUGCUGUCCACCGGCACCAAGUGAAGCCUGCCAAGUGACUGAGUGGUGUGUGCAUGUGUUUAUGAAGUCUGUUAUGCUUCGUAAUAAGAGAACAUUCGAUAUAAUUUGUUGUUAGACUAAUUUUAUAACAUAAUUUAAUAAAUAAAACAAUAUUUCACAACA